AUGACUAAUCAAAUGUGGAAUACAAAUGUGUCAAUCAAUGAUCCUUCUCAGUUUUAUACAAUAGAACGUGUACCAUCACCUCACACUCUAAAUACUUCACAAUACAAUACAAAUCCACAACAACAUGAAUUCAUAGUUAAUAGACAAAUAUUAACACCUAUUAAACAAUAUCAUUCACCACCAUCAACAAUUACCAUAAGAAAUCAUAAUUUAAAUUCCUGUUCAUCACAAGAUGAUAUUGACUAUCAAAAUUCUGAUCAUUUAAUUGAACAACGUGAAAAAAAUAUGCGCAAACAAUGUUAUCUUGCUAGUAGUGGUCCAAAUCAAUGGCAACCAAUUGUUAAUGAUCCAUAUUUAGCAACAACAAAUACUACCUAUCAUUUUUCAAAUUAUAAUCCGAAUGAUACUAAUUCAAACAAUAAUUUAUCUUAUUAUGAUCAAAUAUACCAAUUAAAUCAACUUCGUACACAGUAUACUACUUCACCAACAAACAUAAGCGAAUAUAAAAAUGUUAAUAUCAAUUUUUAUCCACCAACUUAUCAUAAAAGUUCAACAUCAACAACUCAUUCUACUUUUAAUAAACAAUAUCCACAUUCUCGUUCGCCUAGUCCAAUACGAAAAACACCGACACGAAGUUAUACACCAUCUGAUACAAUGUUAAUGCCAUCAGAAACACCAAUUUCAUCUCAAGGUGAUAAUUUAUCUCCAGUAUCAUUUACAUCUCCAAUACCUUCUCCUACCGUAUUUACAACAACAUUUCCAGGCGAUUCUAUUCGAUCUACAGACGAAACAAAAACUGAAAAUAUUUUUAAUGAUAAUUUACAUUAUACAAUGAAUGAUCUUAUUCAAAAACUUAUACCAACAGAUAAUUAUAUUCCAGAAACAUCAUUCAUUUAUUCCAUGUUUAUGUGUUCAAGAAUUCAUAUUCGUCCUAGUGUAUUACUUAAUCAUCUAGCUGUUGCAACAAUUGAUUCAAUAACAAAUGUAACACAUGAUCAACGUGUACGAAUAUUACGUAAUUUUUUAUUUAUACUUUCACAAUGGACACGAACAUUUCCCUAUGAUUAUCGAAGUACUGAAAUGAAAACACAAUUAGAAGAUUUAUUACGAAAAAUAAAUGACUAUGAAAAUAGUUUACAGUCGGAUACAAAUUAUAUCUAUAAAAAACUUUGCUCAAAAUUAGAAGCUCUUGCUCAAUAUAAAAAUUAUAUUCGUCAAUUGGAUCAUAAAGCGGCAAAUAAUUUGAAUGAAAAUGCUCUAUUGACUGAUAUUAUGAAUGAAUGUCAAACACCAUUAUUAUUUGCUCAACAACUAACACAUAUUGAAUUGGACAGGCUGAAACCAAUUGGUGCCGAAGAACUUUUACUCUAUUUUAUAAUGAAAAUGGCGAAUGAAGAAGCAAAAGUACAUCCAAAAAAACAUUUAUCAUCAAUGAAUAAUACAAAUAUCAAUAUGCUUGUACACGAUAAAAAACAUACAUUUUGUCUUGAAGCUUAUAUUCAAUGGUUUAAUCGUUUAACUUUUUUUGUCACAACAGAAGUUGUUAAACAUUUAAGAAAACGAUCACGAAUUAGAGUUAUUAAUUAUUUUAUUGAUGCUGCUUAUGAAUGUUUUCGAUUACAUAAUUUCAAUUCAAUGAUUGGUAUACUUGGAGGUUUAAAUAUGCAACCAGUAAGACGUUUAAAACGAACGUGGGAAAAAGUACAACAAGAAAAAUUUAAACAACUUGAACAUUACACGGAUGUUUCAAAGAACUUUUCAUCAUAUCGUCUCAUACUGAAAACAGCUGUUAAAGAAGCGGAUAAAAGUAACUGGAGUGUUGAUAAAAUUGUUAUCCCGUUUACAAGUAUUUUAUUACAAGAUGUUUAUUUCAUUAAAACCCAUAGUAAGGAUUAUACAAGUGCUGGAGGUAUUAAUUUGAAAAAAUAUUACAUGAUGGCUAAAUUUAUAUCGGAAGAGUUUGUACAUUGUAAGACAAGUCGUUGUUCUUUCAAACGAAAUGAAGUUAUCAUCAAUUAUAUUAUAACUAGUCCAAUAUUUAAUGAAGAUUCACUUAUGUUAGCAUCAUUUGAAUGUGAACAAGCUGAAACACCGAAUGAUCGCGAUAAACUUCGAACGUUAAAAACAUCUGUGAAUAUGCAAUAA